AUGAACUCAAGAACAUUACUCCGUCAAUCAUCUCGAGCUUUGAGCUCUUCUCUUCGCAGCUCAGCCGCAAGACAACCUUUGCGUUCUCAAUUCCACAAUAAUACUUCGCUGGCCGCGCAAGUUGCGUCGAGGCAAUUUCAAGGAAGGAGAUUCUAUGCUACGGAACCAGAGGCUAAGAAGGAUGAGCCAGCAGCAGAGAAGAAGGAUGCUGAAGUAGAAGACCCAUCGAAGAAGGCUUUGGAGGCAAAGGAUAAGGAGAUUCUUGAAUUAAAGGACAAGCUCCUGCGCUCCAUCGCCGAAUUCCGCAACCUCCAAGAGCGCACAAAACGAGAUAUGCAAGCUGCAAAGGACUUUGCCAUUCAAAAGUUUGCCAAAGAUCUUGUUGACAGUGUUGACAACUUUGACCGAGCUCUUACCACUGUUCCCGCAGAGAAGCUCUCCGUUUCUGCCGAAGAACGCAAUGAGCACCAACAAGACUUGAUCACAUUACACGAGGGAUUGAAGAUGACCGAGAACAUCCUCAUGUCAACAUUGAAGAAGCAUGGUUUGGAAAGAUUCGACCCUUCAGUCGAGUCCGAGAAAUUUAACCCAAAUGAACACGAGGCUACUUUCAUGACUCCUAUGGCAGGAAAGGAGGAUGGCACAGUUUUCCACACCCAACAGAAGGGAUUUAAGCUCAACGGAAGAAUCUUGAGAGCUGCCAAGGUCGGGGUUGUCAAGAACCCUUGAAUACUGUAAACCAAGUUUUACAUUUUGCGGAACGCAAACCUAGCAUUGCUCGGCGCAUAGAGUAAUGAAGAUGUUUACUCCGUAUAUAUAUCGGGGUAAUGAACGGAAAAUCCAGCGGAGGAAUUACGAUGUACAAAGUGUAUAAAUAAAAAUGGGACUACGGUUAUGUCUACUUGAGCAUCCGACUCGAGCAGACACAAAAUUACGGCGUUGGAAUGCAUAAUGACUGUAAGCUGUAUUACGAAAGAAUCAGCUCACUCCUCUCUACAAAGAUAUGACAGGUUUUGGGGUAAAUAUUAUGGGCUGGCCUGGCUUUUGCGGGAUCUAUCUGCAUCAUCUUGUAUAUGUCACUCACGAUUUUCUUUUCUUUUUCGCAUAUAAGAAAAGAAUAAAUAUACCUAAUGAAACCAUGCAAGAUUGUUUUCCAAGUCGAUAUGAAUGUUUCCCAACAACUCCCAUUCCUUUUUUCGCACAGUAUAAAACCUGUCCUGUUCUCAUAACAUCGGAAUAAGAAGUGGUUUUCCAGUCGUAUUGUACAAUGGUAAAGACACUUUAGAGAGCCAUUCUCACCUCAUAGAUUUUUCACUCUUCGCUCUCUUAUUAGACGAUACUAUAAUGAAACCAUGAAUCACACACACCACAGCUCUUGCACAUUUUUCUUCUCCUCUCCCGUCCUGUUCUAUAAACCUCCGUUCAGAACUCCCAUUUCAUCUUCAUCCUCCCACCAUCCAUAACCUCGCCAUGUCUAUUCGUAAUCCAUACCU